GAUACUUUAUGUAAAUGGUCUCUCUAAUGUCCUAAACAAUUUUGGCGCCACCACACUCACCGCCCACUUCCGUCAUCUUCUCCGGCCAAACAACCGGUAAGUAUAUAUCUAUAUAAUAUAUGCAUAUACACAUAUAUAUUUCCAUAUCUGUUAAAUCAUUAUCUUAUUACUAAAUUCAUGCUUAUAUACACCUAACAUGACAUCAUUAUCACCAUCAUCAUCAAUAACCCCCAAAUCCAAAACCCUAACCCUAAAUUCCACAACUUUAUUCCUAAAAUCACCGCAACCGCUAUAUCCGCCACCGCCUCAGUCAUCAUUUUCAAUACUAUCCUCUAACUCCAACCUCCCUCCAUUUCCACCUGAUUUCCCUCUCCCUAAACUCAUUCCCCAUACCAAAUUCAUCGUAGACGGUUUCCGCUUUUCAGGUGAUCACUCGGUUUCCUAUUUCCUGUCACAUUUCCACUCCGAUCACUACACCGGUCUCAAUUCCACUUGGUCCAAAGGUAUAAUUUACUGUUCACAUGUUACUGCUAAACUACUUGUUCAAAUACUUAAGGUUAGUGAAGCGUUUGUCGUGUCGCUGCCGUUGUCGCAGACGGUUUUGGUUGACAGAUGUGAGGUUACGUUAGUUGACGCUAAUCAUUGUCCUGGUGCGGUGCAGUUUUUGUUUAAAAUACCGGUUGGGGAGGGGGAUAGUUAUGAGAGGUAUGUGCAUACUGGUGACUUUAGGUUUAGUAGUUCAAUGGUUUUGGAUCGUAAUCUGGGUGAGUUUGUUGGUGCGGAUGCUGUUUUUUUGGAUACGACUUAUUGUAACCCGAAAUAUGUGUUUCCUUUGCAACAGGAGUCUAUUGAUUAUGUUGUUAGUGUGAUUAAUAAGUAUAAGGGUGAGAAUGAGGGUGAAAGGAAGUCAAUUUUGUUUCUUAUUGCGACUUAUGUUAUUGGGAAAGAGAAGAUUUUGGUUGAGGUUUCGCGUAGGUGUGGUAGGAAGAUAUAUGUUGACGAUAAAAAGAUGGGGAUUUUGCAGACCUUGGGUUUUGGGGAUGAUGGGGUGUUUACUGAUAAGGAGUGUGAGAGUGAUGUUCAUGUGAUUGGGUGGAAUGUGUUAGGUGAGACUUGGCCGUAUUUUAGGCCGAAUUUUGUGAAGAUGAAGGAGGUUAUGGAAGCUAGAGGAUAUUCUAAGGUGGUGGGGUUUGUGCCCACUGGCUGGACUUAUGAAGUGAAGCGUAACAAGUUUGCUAUGAGGACGAAGGAUCAGUUUGAGAUACAUUUAGUGCCGUACAGUGAGCAUUCGAAUUAUGAAGAGCUUAGAGAGUAUGUGAAAUUUUUAAGACCUAAACGUGUUAUUCCAACUGUAGGCGUGGAUGUUGAGAAAUUUGAUGGGAAGCAUGUGAAUAAAAUGCUGAAGCAUUUUGCUGGAUUGGUUGAUGAAAUGGCUAUCAAGCAGGAUUUUUUGAUGGGAUUUCAUCGUGGGUCCCGGGAUUCAAACAGGCUAAAGGAAAAGUUGCCGGGUUCGGGAAAAGAGUCGGCUCUUGCUGAAGUAGAUGCUCAAAAUGAUUCCAGCCCAGUUUGUGAUCAGAAAGAGGAAUAUGGUUCGAGGGAUUUGGUGCUGAUGACGGACAAGGAAACGGAUGAAGUUAUUGAGGAACUUCGUGAUUGCUUGCCUUCUUGGGUUACUAGAGAUCAGAUGAUGGAUCUUAUUAGUAGAUCAGGAAAGAACGUUGUUGAAGCAGUUUCUAAUUUUUAUGAACAUGAAACUGAAUAUCACGAGCAGGUCAUUACUAGUACAUCUGCUUCUGCAUCGCAAGACAGCUCAAUUGAUAUUCUCAAGGAGGUCAUGGCCAAUGCUUCAUCCACCUCUGUGUCCAUUAAAAGCUUUACUAAAGGCUUUUCGUCACCUUUAACUCCUGUUAAAACUUUGAAAAGAAGUAAGGACACUUCUUCAAGUAAAAGGAAAAAACCAUCUACCAUUAAACAACCGAGUAAGACCAGUAUUUCUCCUAACCAAAAGCGAAUUACUAAUGAUAGCAAAUCAGGCAAGAAGCCAAAAUUAACUUCGGAAUGUGAACCAAAGCAAUACACGAUCACUAAAUUCUUCAAUAAGCUUUCACCUAUGGUUUCUCAAGUUUCUAGCAUGGGAACUUUGCCUGAACAAUCUGACAAUGAUGACAACUCGCUGCCUAGUGAUGCGAUUGGGCAUUACAAAGAUGAUGUAGAUCAGUUUAUACAAAUCGUUGAUGGCAGCGAGUCAUUGCGUGACUAUGCUACAACUAUUUUACAGGAGACAAAGGGAGAUAUUAAUAAGGCUCUUGACCUGUAUUACACAAACUCCAUAGAUCAACAAAAUGAAACAAAAAAGAGUUUAGCCCAGGGUAGCUGUUCAGUUAAAGCUUAUAUCUCUGGUCAAGACACUAAAGUACUAGAUAGAAAUAAUUGUGAAAAGCCCGCGUCCAAGCAACAAAUAGAAUCUUUGACACCUCAACCACCAGCUGGAAAUGUUGCUUCUGAUCUUGUAUCACUACCACUUGAGAAGUAUUCUCCGACAGACCAUGCCUGCUGGAAAGAUGGACAGCCUGCUCCCUAUCUACACAUUGCCAGGACAUUCAGCCUGCUGGAGGACAAAAAAGGAAAGAUUAGAGCUACAUCUAUGCUAUGCAAUAUGUUUAGGAGCUUGUUAAUUUUGUCACCAGAGGAUGUGCUGCCGGCCGUGUACCUAUGCAUAAACAAGAUUGCACCUGAACAUGAAAAUAUGGAACUAAACAUUGGUGGAAGUGUCGUCACGGCAGCAUUGGAAGAGGCAUGUGGGACCAACAAAUCAAAGAUUCGGGAUUUGUACAACAGCUUAGGUGAUCUUGGUGAUGUUGCUCAACUUUGCCGCCAGACACAAAAGCUACUUGCACCCCCAGCCCCACUCUCAAUCCGUGGUGUUUUUUCUGUGCUUCGGGAGAUAAGUGUACAAACAGGUAGCGGAAGUACCAUGCGAAAGAGAAACCUUAUUGUUAAUCUAAUGAGAUCUUGUAGAGAAAUGGAGAUCAAGUUUAUAGUUAGAACCUUGGUUAGGAAUUUGAGAAUCGGGGCCAUGAUGAAAACUGUCCUGCCUGCAUUAGCGCACGCCAUCGUUAUGAACUCUAGCGAUGGAAAAACCAUGGAAAAUCUGAAAGAAAAGCUUCAGGGUCUAUCUGCAGCAGUUAUUGAAGCAUAUAACAUGCUCCCAAAUAUGGACCUGCUCAUUCCUUCCAUCAUGGAUAAGGGGGUGAAAUUUUCUUCAGCAACAUUGUCAGUGGUUCCCAGCAUACCAAUUAAGCCAAUGCUGGCGAAAAUUACUAAUGGAAUCCCUCAAGUGUUGAAAGAUUUUCAAGGAAAAGCAUUUACUUGUGAAUUUAAAUAUGAUGGUCAGCGUGCACAAAUUCACAAAUUAGCUGAUGGAUCUAUACGCGUGUUUUCACGAAAGGGGGACGAAACAACAUCUAGAUUUCCUGAUGUUAUAAGAACAAUAAAUGAGCUUUGCAAAGCUGAUAUUAUUACUUUUAUAAUUGAUGCCGAGGUGGUUGCUGUUGAUAGAAAAAAGGGUACCAAGCUUUUAUCAUUUCAAGAACUAUCUUCACGUGACAGAGGAGGCAAAAAUUCAGUAAUUGCAGUAGAUAACAUAAAGGUUGAUGUAUGUGUCUUCGCAUUUGAUGUCAUGUUUGCUAAUGGAGAACAACUAUUGGAUUUACCUCUACGCCAAAGAAGAAAAUAUUUGAAAGAUUUGUUUGGUGAUGAGAAGACAGGAUAUUUCGAAUAUGCACGGGAAAUAACUGUGGAUAUGGAUGAUGCCUACGUGGAAAAUGAAGCUACAGUAACUAAGAUGAAGCAAUUCUUUGACGAUGCUUUCCAUUCUUCAUGUGAAGGAAUCAUGGUUAAAUCUCUUGACAUUAAAGCUGGUUAUAUCCCAUCAGAGCGUUCGGAUUCUUGGUUAAAGGUCAAGCGAGAUUAUAUAGAAGGUUUAAAUGAUUCCCUGGACUUGGUUCCUAUCGGAGCCUGGUUUGGGAAUGGAAGGAAGGCUGGAUGGUACAGCCCAUUUCUCAUGGCAUGCUAUGACCCUGACACAGAAGAAUAUCAGAGUGUUUGCCGUGUGAUGUCUGGGUUCUCUGAUUCUUUCUAUAUAGAGAUGAAAGAGUUCUUCAUAGACAACAAGAUACUACCUAAGAAUGAGAAACCACCCUAUUAUCAAACAGGCGAGGAGCCUGAUAUGUGGUUUACUCCUGAACUUGUUUGGGAGAUACGAGGAGCCGAUUUCACCAUAUCCCCGGCUCACCAUGCUGCUAUUGGUUUAGUACACCCUUCACGUGGCAUUUCAGUCAGAUUCCCGAGAUUCAUCCGAUCCCGCCCAGAUAAAAAUACCAGUGAUUGUACCACAGCCACGGAUAUAGCCGAAUUGUUUCAUAUGCAAACCCGGAAGAUGGACGUUCCAGGUGGCAAGUGAAUGCAGAGUUUGUUGCAUACUAGGUCAAAAUUUUAGUAUAUUCAUUAGCGUUUGCUUGUAAAUAUAAACAUGUUUUUUGUAGUGGCAAAUGAUAAUUCGUUUGUCUGCAACUUAGAGGGGGAAGUACAUUUGCCAAUUGUUGUCCCAUCUCAUGUACAUAUUGUCCUGAAGAAUUUUUAACUUGAUUACUUUUUGGGAUAUCAGUUUCAGUUUAUAACUUGAAAGUA